AUGUCCAACGUGGGCGAGCUGAGUUCGCGGCUCAGCUCAAAGAACAGGGCGACCGUGGUCAGCACCCGAGGGAAACAGGUGUCCGCGUUCGAGGUGGCGUCCACUCAGGAGGCCCUGGGGUCAUCUGUGCGUGUGUGCCACCCCCACCUUCUCGCGGACCAAUCAGCGCCGCGCCAAGUUGAUCGCAUGUUGGCGACGUGUUGGUUUUUUUUGCGCGUGCUGACGCGACAACGCGAACCCGGGGCCUCGGGAGUCACUGGUCCGCACGGUGUCGCAGAUUGUCGUGUUAAAGGGGAUCGCGUGUUCUUCAUCCGACCAACCCCAACUCGAGGCGUCCAAUUUACGCUAACACCACACAAUCGGCAUUACGUUGCGUUAUCGUCGUCGUCGUCGCUAAAGAACACUUCAGAGGGUCGUCGUGAAGACACGGAAGGGAGCCUCAUAAAGUCAAGCUCCAGCAUGGUCCCCAAGGGGAAUGUGGCAUUGCCUCACGCGGAGCCAUGGACACCGCCGCGACCCGGCGCUCCUCUCGACGACGAGCACUUUCUGUGGGACCAGCAGCGGCAGCAGCAGCAGCAACAUCGUGCCUCCAUGCGACAGGCCUCCAUUCACGCGGGCUCUGUUCUGAUCAGAACGCCUCGCCUCUGUAGUCAUCCUCAAUCUAACGGUUGCUUGCGUUUACUUGAGAAUUUUGCCGUCUUUUUGCUCACGUCUGCAACAUCCCCUGUGACUCGAACCGUCAAACUCGCUUGGUUUUCGGAUCUCGUGAUUUGGCGACUGGCGUUCGCCAAGCCCCUUUUUUCGUGUGUUGGUGGUGUUGGUGGGGGAGGAGGAGGAGGAGGAGGAAGAGAAGGUGAAGGUGAAAGAGAGGACGUUUUUCCACGCAUGCAACCGAUUUCACGCCGCGUUGCUCGGCAGCGCCUGCGUCUAGCCGUGUUGAGUGAAUGCUGCACCGCUUUGCGGUGUUUUGACAGAAAGGGCUUGUCGGGAAGUCGGCCAAACGCUGCCAUUUGCCCAACUUUGGGUUAUUCCUUAUUCUGCCAAGUCGACUCUUCUCUUUCUCCGUCGCAGCCUCCUCGAAGCGUGUUAAACCCCAGCCUUAUACGCGGAGCAGCCUCCCUGCGCUACACCCAACGGAGCCAGUACCACCCCAUGGCGACGGCAACCCCGAUUCUUCGAGGUCACAUCUCCUCGUCCAAACAGACCUCCGCAGCCGCCCUCGUCGAUAUCCCGCACACCUCCGUCGCCAGCACGUCUUCCGCCGCCACCGCCGGCAGCGCCGCGUCUCCCACGCUCACGCGAUCCUCCUCACAGCCUGAUCUCACCACUGGCGGGACCGGUGUCAGCCGGGCGCCCCUCUACCGGGCUGCGACGGCCUCCUCCUCCGCCGCCACCUCUGGAGGUGGCGGUGACGCCCUCAUGGCCAUCCGGGUGUGGCGAUCGAUGGGCAGUGAGGACGGCGGUGGCACCAAGGACCAGAUAAGCAAGCUCGUGCCCGUCCACCGACACACCACGGCCAGACAGGCGAUUCGGCUCGCCGCGCAAGAAUUCAAUAUCGACCCAGAAGACGUCGGCGCCUACUGUCUGUGCCAGGUCACUGUGGACGAGGGACCGAUUAUGAAGCAGAGUCGAAUCGCCGACACAACCGACGACCUGGCGAACCGCAUUUCCCUCAACUCACGGUACUACCUCAAGCCCAAUCGCAAGUCCGACGCCCUCAUCACCGACGAGGUCGCCAGGGUCAUCUACCAGGAAAGCCGCGUUUGCCUCACCCAGCUCUCACCUGAGGAGCUCGCAAUCCAGCUAACGCUGGACGACUACGACGUGUUUCGAUCGAUUGAGGCGUCGGAGUAUGUGGACAAGGUGUUCGGUCUCGCCCCGUCCGAGAGCGCUUGUGGCGGUGGCGAUGGGACGACUGGUUUCGCAACCGGCUGCACCAACCUGGACGCCUUCGCCGACCUCGUCAACAAGGAGGCCUACUGGGUGCCCACGGAGCUCUGCUCCGAGCCGAGUCUGCCCAAACGCGUUGACAUGCUCAAGCGCUUCAUUAAGAUAGCAAAGCUGUGUCGGGAUCUGAGGAACUACAACACAAUGUUCUGCAUCCUCAUUGGCCUUCACAUGGCUCCAGUCGAACGCCUUCGACAGACCUGGGAACGCCUCUCCAGCAAAUACGUCAAAAUGAGUCGCGACUUGGCGCUCGUGUUGGACCCCUCGCGCAACUUCGCUCACUACCGCAACCUCCUUUGCCCCGGGGGCGUUGUGUCGUCGUCGUCUGCGUCGGCUGGCGGAUCGAUCGAAGGUCCCGCGGCCGCUUCGCAGGCUCCGAUGUUGCCGUACCUCCCCCUUGUGCUGAAGGAUCUCACCUUCAUCCACCUUGGCAACCCCUCAAAAUCACCCGGUGACAAACUGCCCCUCGUCAACUUUGCCAAGCUCCGCAUGUUCGCAAAGGAGUUACUUUUUCUCGGAUGUGUGCACACCUCUCUUUCUUCACCAGCAUUGUCUGAGGCGAUCGAGCCUCUCCCCCCUCCCUCCCUCCCUCCCUGCCCAAGCGUGUUUUUUGUCAAGCCUGAUCAGUGUCAGCUGCUGCAAGGCAUUCCCCCGCUGUCUUCUCUGUGGCCUGCUUGCGGCGAGGGAGUAACGAUUCGAUCGCUGCGUCGAAUGUGCAACAUCGAUUAUGGUCUCUCAUUGGCUCAGCGGCUGCUCCAAUCAGGCGGGACUGCAAACAAACUUGGACUCUUAUUGGUUGGUGGCGGAGCUCCUUCGAUUGACCUUCAAUCUGCCGCGAACAUUUCAACAAGCAUCUCAACUGGUGGCAGUUCCAACAACCCCGCAUCCGACCCCCCAGGCAGUCAAGGAGGUGCACUGCAGUCGAAGAGGUCGUCGGAUGGAGCAGUGGGAGUUGCCUCAAUCCUAACCGGCGCGUCCUCGUUCCUGCUCUCAGCCGGCGCCAACUCCCCGAACCACCACCGGAACGCGUCGGCGAGUCUGAAGAAGAUCUACGCUGCCUGGCUGAUGCGCCUUCGUGUGCGCACCUACAUGGCCAGUCUCCGAGUGACCGACGACCUCGAGUCCUUGGCGCUGCUGUCGAACAAGGCGGAGCCAGGUCCGAAGGAGGCCACGCCGACACCCGUCGCCAGACCACCGCCCGCCACACCCACAACCGCCGGCUCUCCGAACCCGUCCGCGGCCAAGGCUGCGUCUUCUGAGGUGCAACUACCUGCCAAUCAGAAAUCUCUUGCCUCUCCACUUUCCCCCCCACCGACCUCUGUGUCGUCAGUGCCCAUCGCAGCCACUGUUUCCCCCAACCCUACCGCCACCAUCUCCUCUCACCGAUCGAUAUUCGGCACUCAGUCGAUUGAAGAUGCGCGCAAACUAAUAGCUCUUCAAGAACGGACAUCACGUCGGCGAAUGCGAAUGUGCGCUGUGCCGACUUAUCACCAACAGUACCAGCAGUACAACCACAAUGGCGUGGCGGCGAUGACUGCUGGCGCCCCUAUCUACUUCCCGGGACAGCUGCUUCCGCCUCACCAGAGGAUUAGUCAGCGUCCGAGGCACCUGCCCCACCUCGUGCCCACAGCCUCCCGCCUCCCACCCACCUCCUCCUCCUCCGCCGCCAGCGCCUACUUCCAACAGCACCAACAGGCCGCCGCAGCUCAUUGGGUCGCUCGCCAACAGCAGCAAAUGGCGGCCUACAGCAACCAACGAAGCAAUCAGACGAGAAACAAGUUUCAGUCGCCAUCACCACCACCACCGCCUCCUCCGCCGCCGCCGCCACCCCCACCACCUCAGCACAUGGUGCCUUGGAUUCAGGUACCACCGAAGCAACCACCCGCGUACGACUACGCCUUGGCUCUCAAAAUGCAACAACAAACGCGGCCCGUCGGCGUAGCUAGCAGCGGUAGCGGUGGUGGAUUUUCAAGGCGACCGAAUGAACACCCUCCACUGCUGCACCGCGGAAGCGGGGGACCUGGUCAAAUGGUUACGUCGCCCCCUCUCGUCCGCCGUCGACCAUCCCCACAACCGACAGCACCGGGCCACCAGCAGCAACAAAGACCACCACUACCCUCCUACCAUGAAGUCGUAGCGAUGAAGCAACAACAGCAACAGCAGCAUUUCGGCGGUGCUAUCCAGCAACCCUCCCGUGGAACAGAGCUCUCAACACCGCUGCGCUCUCGUCUGGAUCAAGUUGAACGGUCUUUGCCUGUUAUGGUCGACCGAUGCGAUGAGCGGACCGCGUCGAAAGCAGCUCUCCGCCUCACCGAGCGUCUUUGUACAUACAUGUGUCUGACGAAUUUGCCUUCCUCCCCUCCUCCCUUCCUUUCCUCCCCAGUAAAGCCAUCAUCUUCGUCCAACCCAAACCGCCGACUUAGUUGCUUUUAG